AUGGUAAAAAGACACAAGACAGGAAAGACUGAGCAAAUGGGAGUCAUGAACAGAGCCAAGAAGGCCAAGAUGUCUGCAAAUACAGGAACUUCUUUUAAGCAUAAGUCUACGGCAUCCACCAAUCCAUAUAGACCUGAUCCCUCAGGAGGAAAGCCUGGAAGUAGGUUCAGAACUCGUGCCACUAUCAAUAGACUUAAUAUGUAUGUGGCUAAACCAGACUUGGAAAAGAUGAGAGAAAGACCUAAAGAUCCACAAGCAGGUAGAAUCCAGCCAGACAGAAGAUGGUUUGGUAAUGUUAGAACUGUAGAUCAGAAGGAAUUGGACAAAUAUAGAAAAUCUCUUGAAGAUAAUCAAACGAAAAAAGGUACUGGUUAUUCAGUGCUUGUCAAAGGCAAGAAGUUGCCACUCAGUCUAGUCAAGGAGACUUAUGACAAGACUUUGAGCAAGGGAGAAAGAUUACUUCAAAUUGAAAAGCAUGAGGACACCUUCGGGCCCAAGAUGAAGAGAAAGAGACCAAAUGUUGGCAUUACUGACUUAGAAUCAAUGGUUAAAGAAAUAUAAAGCAAGCAGGGAAAUUACGAUGAGACUAAGGACAAUGAUCUUUUAAAGCAUGUGAUUUCAGACACAAGGGAAGCUCAUAGACACAAGGUCUUUGAUAAGGGUAUGAGUAAAAGAAUUUGGGAAGAGUUGUAUAAGGUUAUUGACAGUUCAGAUGUACUUAUUCACGUACUUGAUUCAAGAAACCCCAACGGAACUAGAUCAAAGUUCCUUGAGGAUUACUUGAAGAAGAACUGCCCAAGCAAGCAUUUGAUUUUCGUACUUAACAAGUGCGAUUUAAUUCCUACAUCAGUAACAUAAAAAUGGGUUAAGUACCUUUCAAAGGUUAACCCAACUCUAGCUUUCUAAGCUUCAGUCAACAAUCCCUUUGGUAAAGGCACUCUUAUUCAACUACUCAAGCAGUUUGAUAUAUUGCACAAGGAUAAGAAAAAUAUCAGUGUGGGUUUCAUCGGUUAUCCCAAUGUGGGUAAAUCAUCAGUCAUCAACACACUCAAGAAGAAGCAGGUGUGCAAGGUCGCCCCAAUUCCAGGAGAGACCAAGGUGUGGCAAUACAUUUCCUUAACAAAGAGAAUCUAUCUGAUUGAUUGCCCAGGUAUUGUGUAUGACCCAGGUGAAAGUUUGACUGACAAGGUUUUGAAGGCAGUCGUAAGAGCCGAAAAGGUUCCAGACCCAGAGGUUUAUAUUGAAGCCAUUCUCGAGAAGACUGAGAAGAAACACAUCGUUGAUAUAUAUGGUGUUCUUGAUUGGAAAGAUUCAGAAGAUUUCAUUAAUCAAGUCGCUCAUAGAUCCGGUAAACUGCUUAAGGGUGGGGAGCCUGAUAUCAAUAAUGUAAGUAAGACAAUCAUUAUGGACUGGCAAAGAGGUAACAUCCCUUACUUUGAGUUCCCACCUAAAACUGAGGAAGAGGAUGACAAAGAUAAAAAUAAAAAUGAAGAGGAGGCUGAAUAAAAAGAAGAUGAGUAAUAAAAUGAAGACCUCGAAGAUGAUGAUGAGGAGGAUGAAGAGGAAGAUGAUGGAGCUGAGGACUCCAGCUGA